CGUUAUUUUCAGGGGAGUAGCUUAUUGCUGAGCAACGGAGGAAGAGAAGGCCAGCGCACUCAGGGCUGGGCUCUACACACACCUUCAACAGCGACUAGCAGCUAAAGGAAAAGGGAUGGCCUAGCUUUUCUGCACGGCCAGUGGUCUGUCAGCUGUGGUCUAUCACCUGGACCAGAGAUUCUGUUUGCCUUGGUCUCAGGAGGUGUGUAGUAGAGGCAGCAGUAGGGCGCAGAGAUGAGCGUGACCUCCUGGUUCCUUGUGAGUAGCGGGGGGACUCGUCAUCGACUCCCCCGGGAAAUGAUCUUCGUGGGCAGGGAUGACUGCGAGCUCAUGCUGCAGUCUCGUAGCGUCGACAAGCAGCACGCAGUCAUCAACUACGAGCCGGGGACUGACGAACACAAAGUGAAGGACCUGGGGAGUCUGAACGGGACCUUUGUAAACGAUGUCCGCAUUCAGGAGCAGAUGUACAUCACGCUCAAACUGGAGGACAAGCUGAGGUUUGGAUAUGAUACCAACCUGUUCACGGUGGUGAGAGGAGAGCUCACUGUGCCUGAGGAAGCUCUAAAGCAUGAAAAGUUCACCAGUGGCCUCCAGCUCAGCAAGAAGCCGUCCAACGGUGAAACCACGGCCAACACGACCAAGAGCCAUUCUCCUUCUAAGGCCCCAACGAAAACGCCAAAGUCACCAAGCGGCGGCACUCCAAAGUCUGCGGAGAGCAGAGCAGCAGAUGGGGUCACGUCCUCCAGAGAACAGCCGACCAAGCCGCUGGACUCUCAGAAAGCAGAGGAGAAGUUAGGGGACAGUACAGCUCUGCCUCGUGGGACCCCCCUGUACGGUCAGCCCUCAUGGUGGGGGGAUGGAGACGCAGACGAUGAAAACUCCUUCAAACAGGAAACCAAGUCCAAAAAACACGACGGCGCCAUUUCAGAGAGCAAGGAGGCGCGUCGGGGAGAGAAAGCUAAAGAGGACGGCCUUCAUGCGUCCCCUGCUCUCGAUUCCAGUUACUUUGAGGUCCCCACAAAGGAAGGUCACAUGGCAAAUAACGGCAUCCAUGAAAUUCCCACCAAGGACACAGAGGAUGCUCCCAGUCAAAGCCACACCACCGCAGCUCAAGGGCACGCCUCCUUCACCAUAGAGUUUGACAACACCUCUCCAGGGAAAGUCACCAUUAAAGACCACGUGUCAAAGUUCGCGUCGGACCACCACAGGUCCCGCACCAAGAAGAGCACGGCGGGAAGCGGCAGCUCGGGAAGCAAGGACCUCACCACGCUGCAGGCCGCCAUGAUGGCGUCUGAGAGCAAGGUGGCGGAUUGGCUGGCUCACAACGACCCCACGUUAGUGCACACCGAGUCCACCGAGGACGACAGCAAGAGCACCAAGAGCAUUAAGAGCGACGUCCCGGUCCACCUAAAGAGGCUCAAAGUAGGGAGCAAACAUGAAGACGGCACCCAAAGUGACUCUGAGAAUGGACUCGGCCUGCGUUUCGCCAACCGUAGACACGCCCUCGAGGAGCGCCUGAAGACAGCGCACAACCACGCGGGAGGGGGAUCCGCAGGGGCGACUGCAACCGUCAGCGGGACCAGAGCCACCAGCAGCCGAACGGCUUUCAUGAUCGAGUUCUACGACGAGGAAAACCCUCGCAAGCGUCGCUCUUACUCGUUUUCCCAGACUGCUCCGCUGCUGGGGGGCGGAGUGGGCGGAGAAGGACUGUGUCCACAGCCUCCCUCGCACCCGAAGGUGUUCAGUAUUUCAACGUCUGCGGCCUCAGCUGCAGAUUCAGGUAAAGCUCCAGCUCCCAUACCAGCCACAGUAACUGUGGGCGCUCCAACGGCUGCCCGUGUGCUGCUCAAGCAGAGGUCAGAGGACCAAAGCAUCGGUCGGAGCUCGGCUAGUACUGGGCUGGCAACUGGGAGCCCCACAACGCCCAGCGAGGACACUUCGGUCCUCGGCAAAGGAGCUGGAACUGCUGGGGGAGACGUGGACGACAACCACAGUGACAAGGGGACUUACACUAUCGAGCUGGAGAAUAAAAAUCCAGAAGAAGAAGAGGCCAGGCGCAUGAUAGACAAGGUGUUCGGGGUGCAGGAGAAUACAAGCAGCUUGGUUUUGUCUGACCUAAAAGGAAAAGUAAAGGACUCAGGACACGCCGGGAAAGAGGCUCUUGUUGGUGACUCAAGCUGGGUCUCUCAGUGGGCCAGUUUAGCUGCUAAUCAAGCAAGGACCGACCCAGAAGGUUCUGGAGCAGAAGCAGCAACAUUCCUGCACAAAGAGAGAGGAUCUGAUGCCUUUGAGUCUGCUGCUCCUCCCCUUGGCAAAGGUGAACCCUCUUCCAGCCUGACCGACCGUAAACGCAGGACCCUCCCCCAGCUCCCAGUGGACGACCCCCGGGCUAAACCCACUCCCAAAGCACUGAGGUCUGAGAUAGGGGAGAAACAGGACACUGAGCCCCAGGAAAAAGAGAACAAGGGAGACGGAGAGUCCCCAACCCCCAUGGAGGACGGCGAAAUGACCAACAAGAGGAAACAAAGCUCGGCCACCUCCUCUCCAUCUAAGGGUCCGGUUCGGGGCACUGAAAGAAGGAAGAGGUCAGAGGAGAGCAACGGAGGAGAAGCAGGAGAAGGAGGGGAGAAAUCCGGGAAGGCCCUUGUUCGCCAGGGUAGCUUUACCAUUGAGAAGCCCAGUUCAAACGUCCCCCCAGAGCUUAUCCCUCGCAUCAACAGAGGCAACAAUGAGCGGGAGCGCAGUGACUCCGUGGGCAGCAUGGACACCGCUACGCUGCUUAAAGACACGGAGGCCGUCAUGGCAUUCCUAGAGGCUAAGCUCAGGGACGAGAACAAACUAGACCAGAAAAGUAUUAAAACUCCUCCAAGUGCCAGCAUUGGCCUCGCCACUCGGACUGACUCCAUAUCCCCAGAAUCAGACGUGGACACAGCCAGCACGGCUAGCCAUGCUGCAGCGGAAGCAGGGGGAAAGACCGCCGUAGGCGGUGUGCAAAAGCGGAAGUCUCUCAGCAGCAUGCACCGGGAAAAGAGCAAUAUGAGCACGACAUCCAAGACGACCUCCGGAAACGGCAGCGCUCGCGAACGCCUGGAGAGGAAGGCUAAAGGUAGAACUGUCGAAGCGACGGGUCGGACUCGCUCCGCUCAACCCGGCACUUCCUCCAGAGCACGCCAGCCUUCCCUGGAUCUCACCGACGACGACCAGACCUCCUCCUUCCCCAUCUCUGACAUUCUGUCUUCAGACCAGGAAACCUACUCUGGGCCUUUGGGGAACUCGGUUCAUAGACGAGGCUCAGAAGACUUCCUCCAUUCCAAACUCGACAGCAGAUCUUCCAAGACGUCCAUGAGCGGUGCCUCCAAAACCAGCCGAAAUCUGCAGGCAGCAACGGCCUCCUCACUCAACAAGCAGGCCUCUCUGCCUCAACCACGACCCACCAGAGCCUCCCUUCUCCGCCGGGCCCGACUGGGGGACACGUCUGACACGGAUCUAGCCGAUGCAGACCGGGUUUCCGUGGCGUCCGAGGUGUCCACGACGAGCUCCACCUCUAAGCCGCCGUCCGGACGGAAGGGAUUGUCGCGGCUGGACAUGCUGGCUCAGCCACGGAGGAAUCGCGUGGGCUCCGUCUCGGCACGCAGCGACUCGGAGUGCACGGUGAGCCGGCCCUCCACAGCUUCGCCACGCCUGUCCGCAGAGACCGCGCUGCGCCUCGGCUUGCGCUCGACGACGCCCACAGAGAAUCGGCUGUCGCCAAGGAUGAGAGCCAACAGUGUGUCGAAACUCAACGAGCCCAAGACCAAAACCACGACGUCUGGAUACUGCUCGCCCACAGAAAGCUCUCAGCCUGAACCUCCAGAGGGUGAUGCAGAGGAAGAGCUGAUUGUGUCCAGCAGCAGCAGGUGGCGGCGCCUGCCGCCGGAGUACGGCUCCACCUCGGAGGAAGAGUUCGGCUCCAGCCGGAACUCGGCAAAGCAUGGCGCUCGCCCCCACGUCCGGCCCCACCACCUCGUCCCGCACCGCAGCUCGAGGCUCGGCUCCGCCUCCAGCUCGGGACCCGCGGGCGUGGCGGCGAUCCCCGGCGGAGCGGGCAUCAAACACCGCAUGAAGGAGCAGGAGGAGUACAUCAGGGACUGGACGGCUCACAGCGAAGAGAUAGCCAGGUUGUUCCCCUGUGUGCGCAGGAUCAGCCAGGACUUGGCCAAGGACUUGGCCAUCUUGGCACGCGAGAUCCACGACGUGGCCGGCGAGAUAGACUCGGUCAGCUCGUCCGGCACCGCGCCGAGCACCACCGUCAGCACCGCCGCCACCACCCCGGGCUCAGCCAUCGACACCCGGGAAGAGGUAGGCCCUGCACGCCCCGCGCAGCCGGACAUACAGGAGAGCAUGAAAAAGCUGGUGGAUCGAGUGUUUGACGAGAGCCUCAAAUUUAGAAAGAUCCCUCCAGUUAUUUCAUCCAACAAGCCGCCAGAGAUCAACGGAAAGCCCGUUGAGCACCAACCCCGAGCUCCUGACGGCCGGGAGCCGCGGGCCUUGAGGAGGCGCACCUGGAACCGAGAGGAGGCGGUGUUGGACAGCCUCCUGAUCCACUCAGUGUCUCAGCUCUCAACCAAGAUCAGACACUCUGUGGACAGAACAGCAGGAAAAAUCAGGAUCUUGUUCAAGGAUAAGGACAGAAACUGGGAUGAAAUUGAGAGUAAACUGAAGUCAGAGAGUGAAGCUCCACUUCUUAAAACCUCCAACAAGGAAAUCUCUUCGAUCUUGCUCGAACUGAAGAGAGUUGAGAAACAGCUCCAAGUGAUUAACGUGAUGGUGGACCCAGACGGGACUUUGGACGCCUUGGCCAGCCUCAGCCUGACCAGCCCCACCAAGGUCCCGACCGCCAAAGCCACGCCCCCCACCGCCGUCAGCCCAGCCAAAGAGUCGCUGCCUGAAAUCCUUCCUGGGCCUGACGGUUCGGCCGCCUCCACCAGGGUCCAGUCUUCCGCCGCCAGCACGGAGGGCCGAGAAGGCAUCGUGGGUUUGAGCCUGGCGCGCGUCGUCGGGCUGCCCUUCAGUCGCAGGCGGCCGAGCGGAGAAGAGGCCAUCGCACAGAAAUGAACGGCAGCUCUCCCCGAUGAGAAAUGAAUAAACGUGAGCAUGGAUUAGCGCGUAGGCGUCUGGCAGACGCAGAGUCUUCUUUUUACCCAACAGUGACCAGAAAUGAAGUGACAUUCUCAACCGCUCGACUAUAGCAGAAACUUGACCCAGGGAUGUUUCGGAUAGCCUGACGGUAACAUCCCAGCCUCCAGCUGCUGACGCCCAACAACCACCCUGACCAGCCUGACAUCCUCACGGACCGAGGCCUGCUUCACUCCUCUUGCCUUCUUCGUGCGUCAGGACCCUUCCUGCGCUGAGGAAAUGCCUUAAAACAAAACCCGCCCCCCUACCCCCGUAGCAGCGUCUCACCUCAUCCCCUCAAACACUAAUCCACACAUUUUUUGUGAGCUCAUAGAAGACAAACUGAAUGCGUUGUAAACAUGUUAAAGUAAAACUUUAACAUGUUUUAGUUACACUCACACAAAGGAUAUUUCAGCUCAAUUAUGAGAAACAUGGUUUAAACCUAGAAGUAUUGAGAUUAUUCCAGAAAUCAAGCAGAAUUUUAUUCAUGUAAAAAGAUGAUAUAAAAUAAUUGCCUAAUAAGUAGAACAUGGUUCUACUUAUUAGGCUUCCAUUCGUCUUGAGUUUUCCUCCUUCCAUCAAUUUUUCUGUCCCAGCCGCUUGAAACAUACUUUCUCCCUACAGUAGCAUGUUCAAAACACAACUACAAGUCAGAUCUGACUCAUUUCGAUUGGUGGCUUUAGCAGCAGUAGCAGCUUCAGUCAUGUUUACUGAUGUAACUAUUUUGAAAUUGUUGUGGCAUUUUUAAAGCAAUUCAUCCUCUCUCUCUCUCUCUCUCUCUCAUAUAUAUAUAUAUAUAUAUAUAUAUUCUCUCUCCCAGUAAACUGGAAAGGAAACUGUGUCCUUGCCUGUAGAGAACUCAACAUUUCUUAUCAGCUAAUAAAAGUAAAAGCCUUAAAAUAAAUUCAACUUUGAUUGCAGCAGCACAAUCUCACACUGAAAAACUCUGAAAAAUCUAACAGUUUCAUUAAUGGUUAGCUUUAUAAAUGGGAACAUUUAUUCAGUAGCAGCCACAAGAAAACAUUAGUGAAUAAUUUUUUUUUUUUUUUUUUUUUUUUUUGUGGAUAAUGACCAGUGCUACAAUGAUUGCUUCACCUAACAUGGCCUCUAGGAAAGCAGAGUCAGAACUUUUUGCCACAUCGGGUCCAUCAAAAUAAUUUUGGGCUAUUUUAAUUUCUUUAAGAACGCAAAAAAAAAAAAUGUGCUCAAAAAUAACUUAAGUGUGCCAUAUUUUAAUGAAACAAGUCUGAUUUUUGCAAUACUCAUUGUGGUACCGGAAUAUAAAAAAAAAAAAAAAAAAGUCCCCUGUGAUUGUCUUAUUGAUCACCUUUUCAAGUCCAUUGGUUUCUAUUUUGCUGUCAAAAAAACUUAGUCUAAUUUCUGCAACAAUGACACGCUACUGUGAGAUUGUGCUACUACAGCGGGAGAUAAAUUCAUUAUUUUUAGGCUUUUUACAUGUUUAUUAGGGGUGCCAAUCUAUUUUUGUUCCAAUUGACUUGUUUUUUACUUGGUCCUGUCACCUGUGGAAGGAUUUCUACUUUAUUCAGUCAGUGUUUGAACUAAUCACUUUAUAUUUAAAUAUCCUUGUUUGAUUUUGUUUACAAUUGGAUAAUAGUCUUCCUUGCCAAUCUACUACAUAUAUUAUCUCAGUGGGAAAAAGCUGCUGGAAUUAGUUUUUAAUAAGGUGCCGUUGAAAUAAUACAUAAUCACUAAAAUGCCUUUAUUUUGUUUAUUUAAAAAAACAAGCAGAAAUUAUCUUGAAAUGUGGCUCCACAUUUCAAAUAUUGAUUAUUUUUUUUGUUUUUUGUUUUUAUUCUGCAUCAUCUACGAGGGGAAACUCCAACGUACCUGGACUGCCAACCACUUGGCUGCUUUUGGAGACUGAGCAUUUUUCUUCUGAACCUCUCUUCAGCUUAUAGUCUGUGUGUAGACUAGGUUAAAAUUUAAAGCAGUGUAUUAGUACUUAGUCGCCUUUAACAAUAGUGAUUUUUAGGUACCAGGAUACAUGUUCGUUUCCCUCCCUCCAUACUGUACUGUACACAGAUUCUAAAUGCCUCAAAGUGUCAAUUUUUAAAUGACAGAAGGGCAUUGACUAAUAAGAAAAAGGUGCAGCUGUCUAAAAAAAAAGUGAUUUUAUUUUGCACAUCACAUCAACAAAGUGACAGAUUGCAUCUAACUCAGGAUAUCAGUCUGCCUGAUAUCAGAAGUGACUGCCUUGCUGGUCUGAACCGAUUCUGUUGCCCCUUUUCCCUCUCAUGAUGUCCAGAAAGUAAAAACCUUAGGGGACUGUGAAUGCUAGGUACAUUUAGGUAUAUUUUGUAAAUGCUACACGUGUCAUUGGAUCAGUGUUCUUUGUAUUUUUUUUUCUUAUUUUGUAAAGAAAAUCAUUUUAUUUAUUUUUGUUUUAAUAUUAUGUGGAUGUUUUAAGCAUUUUAUAUUUGUUCAACUAUCUGCAUUCUUACUGUUAAUAAAAAAAAAAAGAGCUAUU